ACCAAAUCAUGUACGAACAACUUCCUCAGCGGUCAAGCACCGAAUUCCUCCCAGCCACCAAAAACACGGACCAUCUAAACACCCUCACCCAAAGACUACCCUCCUUCAAACUAAAAGGCAUCCCCCUCAUCCUCCUCACCCUCCUUGCCACCUUCGGCCUCCUCGACCUAGGAUACCAAACCUACAACUUCAUCCACACCCACACUCACACCAGAACACCCAUAUCCUGCAACUGCGGCUCCACUGUCCCCGAGGCCCUCUCCAACAACUGCAAAUACGACUCCCUAGCCGCCGCCUGGCUCCCACCGGCUUGUCGUAACGACGCCCUCACCUCAGCAUUCGAACGAGUCGGUUCAAAUCCUGAUGGAAGCUGGCCAUACUAUGCAGAUGUAAACGGAACAAAGCCAUUAUCAAUGGAGGAGGUGUCUAUGCUUCCUGAAACUGGCGGAGGCGGUGGUGAUGCUGGAAGUGUCUUUUUUACGACCCGUGGAUGGCAUCUGGUGCAUUGUAUGUAUUAUUGGAAGAAGAUGUUUUGGUCCAGGGAGUUGGGGACGACGAUUGAGAGAAGGUAUGAUAGUUUGGGACAUAUUGAGCAUUGUCAAAUGAUGGUGAUGAAGGGGGGGGGAUUGGAUGAAAUUGCUACUGCGGCUGGGGUUGCGUUGCAUUCGGAUUGGAUUAAUGGAAAGAUGGAUACAGAGAAAGAACAUGAACAUAAACAUGGGAAUGGUAAUAACCAUGAUAGUCAUUGAAUGCUUGCAACAUGUGUUAGGGGCUAGGCCCGCAAGGCUAAUGACUAGUUAUCAUACAAGAGAUUUCAUUGAAAAACGAAAGAACAGAUGACCAAUCAGGCAUCUCUAUAUACAUUUGUACACACACUGUGUAGUGGUUGCAGAUGACGAAGCCUCGUUUUCAGGU